AUGGGAAAGCGGAAACUCGUGGCCGCGAGCUUUCAGGAUCCGGAGGGACAAGACUUGCAAGAGUAUGAAACGGACUUCGAGUCGAAGGACCAGAAGAUGAUCAAGCGAAGACACAAGCGGGCAAAGAAGGUAAUGGCGUGUGUGGAAAGAUCUACUCGACAACGCGAUGCGGUUGACCUCUUCAUCAAAGCAGCCCAGUACAGGUAUUCCAAUGAUAACAGUUGCUUGAAAACACCAAAUUUGAGCGUCGUGACGUUUACAUGGUUACCGUACCAUGUACCUAGCAGCCUGUUAGAACAGCUCAACGUUGAAGGUGUUCCCACACGGAUCCAAAAAUACUUUGAAAGGUUCGGUUUACCACCGUGCUGGGACGAGUUCCAUUUGGCUUUAAAGGGGAAACAUCCGAAUUUGUCAAAGAACUUCCAUUAUGUCCCACAGCCGCGUCAUGCCGACAACACCAACAUAUCCAGCGAUGCAAGGCCAGAAAUUGUUCACGUCCAUAACAAAGCCAUAGUGGCAAAUAUUGAAAGGGCCACUCCAAUAAUUGGCACUUUUCUACUUACAGGCUUAUUGGACAGUGAGAAAAGGUGUCUCGAAAAGUUCACAUCAUUCACAAUGUGCAUUGGUAUUCACCUGCCAGCAGUUCCAAAUGAAGAUUUUCGUCUGGAACUAUGGGUUGAUUACGAGGCUGGCCGUCGGCUCUUGGGAUACAAGGAAGAGCCGGGCGUGAGGUUACAAUGCGCAGUUGGUGAACAUCUUUACAAUGGCAUGAAAUCUAGCAAGGUCGUGAAGCAUGCGCUGGAAAGGAGCCAUCCUGAAGGUGCCAUCAAACCCGACGUGGACCAAGGCGUGUUGGUGGGAACUAAAGCCAUAGAGAUUUUGCCAUCAGGCCCAGACUACAAAGUCAUCAUAUUUUUGGGAUUCGAAAAUGGCAAACAAACGCAUAAUGAAUUGUUUCCUGUCUAG